UGAGCUCUGGUGGCUGUACGAGUGUCUGUGUGCGUGAGAGAGAGAGAAAAGGAGAGAUUGACUGGUUUCCUCGCCCUGUCACAAGAGCAUUGUUGUCAGGAAGGCGCGUAAACACACACAUACCUAUUCCCCCUCUGUGGUCGAUGUAAAAUUGUGUUGAGUUUGUAUCACAAUAACACGCCGGUUUAGACAGAUCUAUUGUGGAGGUGGUGAGAGCCAGAGUUGAGGGUGUUAAAUGCAUUGGUAGCAGGGUGGGUGAUAGGCAGAUCAAACGUUGCUCUACCUUGCCCUGUCUAAACUGCUGUGUGUGUGAGAGAGAGAGAGACGGGGAUACAAACUGCCGGCAAGUGACCAGGGACGAUGGUAACAGAGGGAGAGAGGGAAGCUUGCUGCUGAUGGGGGGCGUGGGGAGAGAGAGAGAGGACAUCUGCUAUUUACACCUGUCUGGCUCACAGCCAUCAGUUGUCAUGGAGUCACCAGUGUAGACAUCAGCGGCUUGAGCUUGCUGACAGAGGAGAGCUUAGAUCCAGCCGCACUCCUGCGCUGUUAUUUAAUCUAUUUCUCAAGUUCUCCAAACCCUCGGACUUAUUUAUUUUUUUCUUCCCGCAGUGUUGAUACUUAUUCCUGAUCCCAGACCCUCCCUCCCUCCUGUUCCGUCAGAUAAAAGACAAACCGAGGCAGGGCUAAGCUGCUCUGCCGUUUGGUUUUCUCCACUAUUUUUUUCUCUCUCUCUCGUUUUGAAGCUCUGACAUUUUGGAGGUUUCUGUAUUCCCCCCACCCCAGCCCCCUCCCGUUUAUUUUCCUGCUUGUUUUCUCCGGGCGGCUGGAGUGAGUUGCAGUCUCCCAAAGAGCCGGCUCUGGUCAUGCCCCAGGUUCGCUUCAACUCUAGCAUCGCGCUGCCUUCUUCCACGGGGGGAUCAUAGACUGGGAACUGUCCUGCUCACAACCCAGCUCACCCCCCACCCCCACCCCCGCACUUCCUCCUCAUCCUCCUCCCCCAGCUCUCUGCACCUUCCUAUUCACUCUCUCAGCCUUCCCCUCACCGCCUCGCUCCCCAUUCCUAUCGCUUGUUUGUUUAUCUCAUUGCAUUUCAUCGCGCUCUCUACCCCAUCCAUUUCAUUCCUCCCAUCUUCCUGCUUUCUCUUUCAUUUCAUUCCUUCUCUCUCUCUCCUUUCAUUCGCUUCCCCUCCUCUUCUUUCAUCCCUCCCUCUUCCAUACACACUCUCUCUCUCUCUCUAGGAUCUCUCCGCCCUGCGCCUCUCUCUCUCUCUCUCUGUCUCUGUCUAUCUCGAGUCUCGAGGAGUCAGCGAGGUCAAAGCCGGGACUUUGUAUCUCUGUCUCUCAGCCGCUGUCACCAGCAUCGGGGAGGAACUGGCGAGCGAGCUGGCGGUGUGCGGCCGCUCUGCCGCUCCAUCAGCGACUCCGUCUCCUUGCGGUCGGAGGGCGAGGCGAGUCCAGGGGGCAGUCCAGCGCCAAGCCCCCGACAUGCUGCUUGCCAACGCGGCCAAGCCCAAGAAGUUCCCGGCGGAGACAGGUCGUCCCAUCCCACAUUCAUCAUCGCCCAGCCACCCAUUUGCCCAGCAGACCAGCACCCUUCUUUCAUCAUCUAGUGUGAAAGACUACCAAAUGCCAUUGCUUGACAGCAGCGUCUCUCAUCCAGCUCUCGAGUCCAACCCCAAUGAAGAGUUCGCCAUUAAUUCAUACCUAUUGCGAGCAGGUUCUGGUGCACCGCCACCCCCCAGUAAUGGUCCUCCGAACCAUCAUAGCCAGUCCACUCUACGGCCUCCUCUUCCACCACCUCACAACCAGACACUCUCGCACCACCACUCGUCGGCCAACUCCCUCAACAGAAACUCUUUGACAAACAGAAGGAACCAGAUUCAUGCCCCUUCAGCUGCACCCAAUGAACUGCCUACCACACCAGAGUCUGUUCAGCUGCAGGACAGCUGGGUUCUGAAUAGCAAUGUGCCACUGGAGACAAGGCAUUUCCUUUUUAAGACUUCAUCUGGGACAACACCUUUGUUCAGUACGUCCACGCCUGGCUAUCCUUUAACCUCUGGUACUGUCUACUCUCCACCUCCACGCCUUUUGCCGCGAAGCACCUUCUCCCGAAAUGCUUUUAAACUUAAGAAGCCAUCGAAGUACUGUAGCUGGAAAUGUGCUGCCUUGUGUGCUAUCGCUGCUUCAGUGGUACUGGCUAUACUCCUGGCAUAUUUCAUUGCAAUGCACCUCCUUGGUCUGAACUGGCAGCUUCAACCGGCUGAAGGACAGAUGUUUAAAAAUGGAGUCAGAACAGGAGGCCCGAGUGAUGUAACAAUAGCACCAUCUGGUGGCAGAGGAACAACUACAGUGAAAAAUAGCAGCAUUGAUUUGGGAGACGUUGAUAUUGGUCGAAGAGUGUCACAGGAAGUACCUCCAGGAGUCUUCUGGAGAUCGCAGAUAUACAUAGAGCGGCCACAAUUUGUCAAGUUUAAUGUCUCUCUGGGAAAGGAUGCACUUUUUGGCUUAUACAUACGGAAAGGCCUUCGUCCUUCACACACUCAGUAUGAUUUCAUGGAGCGUCUUGAUGGCAAGGAGAAGUGGAGCAUGAUGGAGUCACCACGUGAACGGCGAAGCAUCCAGACUUUAGUCAUCAAUGAAGCUGCAUUUGUUCAGUACCUAGAUUCAGGAACGUGGCAUCUUGCUUUCUACAAUGAUGGGAAAGAAAAGGAACUGAUCUCUUUCAAUACUGCUGUCCUAGAUUCUGUGCAGGAGUGUCCUCACAAUUGCCAUGGCAAUGGAGAGUGUGUGUCGGGCGUUUGUCACUGCUUCCCAGGAUUCCAUGGGGCUGACUGUGCAAAAGGACGACGACAUUUUUCUAAAUUUAAACACAAGGCUGCUUGCCCUGUACUGUGCAGUGGUAAUGGUCAAUACUCCAAGGGGAACUGCAUCUGCUACAGCGGCUGGAAGGGAGCGGAGUGUGAUGUCCCUGCCAGUCAGUGCAUUGACCCUGCAUGCGGAGGCCGUGGGACCUGCACCGCGGGAACCUGUGUCUGCUCUGCAGGCUUCAAAGGCGAGAACUGUGAGGAAGUGGACUGUUUGGAUCCAACAUGCUCAAAUCAUGGAGUGUGUGCCCAAGGGGACUGUCACUGUAGUCCAGGUUGGGGUGGAUUAAAUUGUGAAAUCCCUAGAGCUCAGUGCCCAGAUCAGUGUACAGGACAUGGCACCUACAUUCCAGAAACAGGCCUCUGUAGCUGUGACCCAAGCUGGAUAGGCCCAGACUGCUCAGUUGAAGUGUGCUCUGUGGACUGUGGUACCCAUGGUGUCUGCAUUUCUGGUGUAUGCCGAUGUGAGGAUGGCUGGACAGGUAUGGCGUGUGAUCAGAGAGUUUGUCAUCCUCGCUGUGCAGAGCAUGGGACCUGCAAAGAUGGAAAGUGUGAAUGCCGAGAGGGCUGGAAUGGAGAGCACUGCACCAUUGGUAGGGAACAAGAUGGCUGCCCUGAUCUGUGCAAUGGCAAUGGGAGAUGCACCCUCAGCCAGAACAGUUGGCAUUGUGUCUGCCAAACAGGCUGGCGAGGACCAGGAUGUAAUGUUGCAAUGGAGACAUCUUGUACAGAUGGCAAAGACAAUGAAGGAGAUGGACUGAUCGAUUGCAUGGAUCCAGACUGCUGCCUUCAAUCCAACUGUCAGUCUAACCCACUUUGUCAUGGUUCACAUGACCCUCUUGACAUCAUUCAGCAGAACCAAUGGGAACUCUCGACUCAAGUUGUGAGGUCAUUUUACGAUCGCAUUAAGCUCCUAGUGGGCAAAGAUAGAACUCAUAUAAUACCAGGGGAAAAUCCUUUCAAUGGCAGCUUAGCUUCACUAAUCAGAGGACAAGUCUUUACAAAGGAUGGAACACCAUUGGUUGGAGUUAACGUAUCGUUUGUCAAAUAUCCUCAGUAUGGGUACACGAUUACUCGUCAGGAUGGCACGUUUGAUUUGAUUGCAAAUGGUGGUGCAUCACUUACAUUGCACUUUGAGCGUGCUCCAUUCCUAAGUCAAGAGCGCACAGUCUGGCUUCCAUGGAACACAUUCUAUGCUAUGAAUACUCUUGUGAUGAAGACUGAAGAAAACACUAUUCCAAGCUGUGAUCUGAGUGGGUUUGUGCGACCUGAACCAAUUCUUGUCUCUUCACCACUUUCAACUUUCUUUAGUUCUUCUCCUGAGCAGAACCCUAUUAUUCCUGAGACCCAAGUUCUACAUGAAGCAGUUGAAAUCCCGGGCUCCAAUUUGAAGUUGUGCUACCUGAGCUCUCGUACCGCUGGCUACAAAUCCCUUUUGAAAGUCACAAUGACUCAAUCCAUUGUGCCAAUCAAUUUAAUUAAAGUUCAUCUGAUGGUAGCUGUGGAAGGACAUCUCUUCCAGAAAUGGUUCCAUGCAUCUCCUAACCUUGCCUACACCUACAUAUGGGACAAAACUGACGCCUAUAGCCAAAAGGUCUAUGGUCUCUCAGAAGCUGUCGUUUCUGUCGGUUAUGAAUAUGAAUCUUGUCCAAAUCUUAUCCUAUGGGAGAAAAGAACUGCCCUGCUGCAGGGCUAUGAACUGGAUCCAUCAAACCUGGGGGGCUGGUCACUGGAUAAGCAUCAUGCAUUGAAUGUAAAAAGUGGUGUCUUGCACAAAGGAAAUGGUGAAAACCAGUUUUUAUCCCAGCAGCCAGCAGUGAUUAACAGCAUCAUGGGAAAUGGACGCAGGCGCAGCAUCUCUUGCCCCAGUUGCAAUGGUCUCGCUGAUGGAAACAAGUUGUUGGCCCCUGUGGCUUUGGCUGUUGGUAUCGAUGGCAGUCUGUACAUUGGAGACUUCAACUUUAUCAGACGUGUUUUUCCUGCCAAAAAUGUCACCAGUAUCCUAGAGCUGAGAAAUAAAGAUUUUAGACAUAGCAACAACCCCGCCCAUAAAUACUUCAUGGCGGUUGAUCCUGUCACAGGGGCACUGUAUGUCUCGGAUACAAAUAGUCGUCAGAUCAUCCGCAUCAAGAGUCUCAAUGGAGCAAGGGAUCUUGCUGCCAAUUCAGACGUGGUAGCAGGGACUGGAGAGCAGUGUCUGCCAUUUGAUGAAGCCAGAUGUGGUGAUGGGGGAAAGGCAGUUGAAGCUACGCUGAUGAGCCCCAGAGGGAUAGCAGUGGAUAAGAAUGGACUGAUGUAUUUCGUCGAUGCGACCAUGAUUAGGAAAGUUGACCAAAAUGGAAUUAUUUCCACGUUGCUUGGUUCCAAUGACUUAACAGCAAUUCGUCCUCUGAGCUGUGAUUCUAGCAUGGAUGUAAGCCAGGUACGAUUAGAAUGGCCAACGGAUCUUGCCAUCAAUCCAAUGGAUAAUUCUCUUUAUGUCCUGGAGAAUAAUGUCAUUCUGCGGAUAACUGAGAACCACCAGGUCAGCAUAAUUGCUGGCCGACCCAUGCAUUGUCAAGUCCCUGGCAUAGAUUACUCACUCAGCAAGCUGGCCAUACACUCUGCACUGGAGUCUGCCAGUGCCAUUGCUGUCUCCCACACAGGCAUACUUUACAUUGCAGAAACCGAUGAGAAGAAGAUAAACCGUGUAAGGCAGGUGACAACCAACGGGGAAAUCUCCCUGCUGGCAGGGAUGGCAUCGGACUGCGACUGUAAGAAUGAUGUUAACUGUGACUGCUUCUCAGGGGAUGAUGGUUAUGCCACAGAUGCCAAGCUGAAUUCUCCGUCUUCACUUGCAGUAUCACCAGACGGGACCAUUUUCAUUGCUGACCUGGGGAACAUUCGCAUCAGGGCAGUUAAUCAAAACAAGCCCCAAAUGAACUCAAUGAGCUUAUAUGAGGUUGCUUCAGCAGCUGAGCAGGAGUUAUAUGUUUUCAAUUCAAAUGGGUUACACCAGUAUACAAUGAGCUUGGUCACCGGUGACUACAUAUACAAUUUCUCCUACAGCCCAGACAAUGACAUUAUGGAAGUGACUGACAACAAUGGAAACACUUUAAGGAUCCGAAGGGAUAGCAAUGGAAUGCCACGGCAUCUAGUGUCAGACAGCCAGGCAUCUUCCCUGACCAUUGAUGCUAAUGGAAAACUAAAGACAGUAUUAAUAAAGAACCAGGAGCUAGUUGUGCUGACGUACAAUGGGAAUAGCGGCCUCCUUGCAACUAAAACUGAUGACAUUGGUUGGACAACCUUUUUUGAUUAUGACAGUGUAGGAAGACUGACAAAUUUGACACGUCCCACUGGUGUAGUGACAAGUUUGCAUCGGGAAAUGGAGAAGUCAAUCAAUAUUGACAUUGAAACUUCUAACCGAGAAGAUGAUGUUACUGUCACCACUAACCUUUCUUCAGUAGAUGCAUCUUAUACCCUAGUUCAAGAUCAAGUGAGAAACAGUUAUCAGCUUUGCAACAAUGGCACACUUCGAGUAAUGUAUGCAAAUGGAAUGGGUGUCAGCUUUUACAGUGAACCUCAUAUCCUUGCUGGGACUAUAAGUCCAACAGUUGGACGUCGCAAUAUCACUCUACCAGUGGAAAAUUGGUUGAACUCCAUUGAAUGGCGUCUCAGGAAGGAGCAGACCAAGGGAAAAGUGAUCAUGUUUGGAAGGAAACUUAGGUUGCAUGGACGAAACUUGCUUUCCAUUGAUUUUGAUCGCAAUUCCCGGACAGAGAAGAUUUAUGAUGAUCAUCGAAAAUUCACAUUGAGGAUUAUUUAUGAUGCAUUGGGUCGCCCCACAAUCUGGCUCCCAAGCAGUGGUCUAGCUGCAGUUAAUGUCUCUUAUUCGUCUACUGGGAAAGUAAUUGGAAUUCAACGUGGUGCAAUGAGCGAGAAAACUGAUUACGAUGAAAAAGGCAGGAUCAUAUCCCGCAUUUUCUCUGAUGGAAAAGUCUGGAGCUACGCUUACCUUGACAAAUCUAUGGUGUUACUUCUCCAGAGUCAACGGCAAUAUAUCUUUGAAUUUGACCAAACAGGUCAUCUCCAUGCAGUCACAAUGCCCAGUGUAGCCAGGCAUACCAUGUCAACUCAUAAUUCUAUUGGUUACAUCCGCAAUAUCUAUCAUCCCCCUGAAAGCAAUGCAUCGAUGAUAUUCGAUUUCACAACAGAAGGUCGAAUCCUGAAAUAUGCGUACUUAGGCACUGGGCGCCAGGUGUUAUAUAAAUACGGAAAGUUGUCCAAGCUCUCUGAGGUUCUUUAUGACAGCACCGCUGUCACCUUUGGUUAUGAUGAGUCAACAGGUGUGCUUAAAAUGGUCAACUUGCAAAGUGGUGGGUUCUCUUGCACAAUCCGAUACAGGAAAAUUGGUCCUCUGAUAGACAGGCAAAUCUAUAGAUUCUCUGAGGAAGGCAUGGUAAAUGCACGGUUUGAUUAUACCUACCAUGACAACAGCUUUCGAGUUGCCAGCAUGAAGCCCAUUAUCAGUGAAACACCACUUCCUGUUGACCUAUACCGAUAUGAUGAGAUAUCAGGAAAAGUUGAGCAUUUUGGGAAGUUUGGAGUAAUAUAUUAUGAUAUAAAUCAGAUCAUCACUACAGCUGUGAUGACCUUGAGUAAGCACUUUGAUACUCAUGGACGCAUCAAAGAAGUUCAGUACGAGAUAUUCAGGUCGCUCAUGUACUGGAUGACAGUUCAGUAUGACAGCAUGGGGAGAGUCAUUAAGAGAGAGAUUAAGCUUGGUCCUUAUGCAAAUACUACCAAAUAUACAUAUGACUAUGAUGGAGAUGGGCAGUUGCAGACUGUUGCUGUGAAUGACAAGACAAUCUGGCGCUACAGUUAUGAUUUAAAUGGAAACCUGCACCUGUUGACCGCUGGGAGUAGCAUUCGCCUCAUGCCAUUACGUUAUGAUUUAAGAGACCGCGUUACCCGGCUUGGAGAUGUCCAAUACAAGUUCGAUGAGGAUGGUCUUCUUUCUCAGCGAGGUUCUGAUGUAUUUGAAUACAACUCUAAGUGUCUGCUUACUCGGGUUUACAGCAAAACGAAUGGUUGGAGUGUACAGUAUCGCUACGAUGGUUUGGGACGUCGAGUCUCCAGCAAAACUAACUUUGGGCAGCAUCUGCAGUUCUUCUAUUCAGAUCUUAACAACCCAACCAGGGUAACCCAUGUUUAUAAUCAUUCCAGUUCAGACAUCACUUCCCUAUAUUAUGACCUCCAGGGUCAUCUCUUUGCCAUGGAGAUCAGUAGUGGAGAAGAAUUCUAUAUUGCUUCAGAUAACACUGGAACACCUUUGGCAGUCUUCAGCAGUAGAGGUCUAAUGAUCAAGCAACUUCAAUAUACUGCCUAUGGUGAAAUUUACCAUGAUUCUAAUCCAGACUUCCAACUAAUAGUGGGAUUCCAUGGUGGCUUGUAUGACUCUCUGACAAAGUUGGUACAUUUUGGCCAGAGAGAUUAUGAUGUCUUGGCUGGACGUUGGACAGCUCCAGAUUAUUCCAUUUGGAAUGAUAUUGGCAAAGAUCCUGCACCCUUUAACUUAUACAUGUUCAAAAAUAACAAUCCUCUCAGCAAUGUGCAUGAUGUUGAAGAUUAUGUUACAGAUGUAAAAAGCUGGCUUGUGAUGUUCGGAUUUCAGUUGUACAACAUUAUUCCUGGAUUCCCAAAACCAGCAGUUCGUUUUGCAGCACCACCUUAUGAACUAGUGGAGAGUCAAGAGCGUGACAAUGUACAGUUUAUUUCAGGGGUUCAACAAGCAGCAGAAAGGCUCAAUAAUGCUUUUAUGGCAUUGGAAGGAUGCUCACUCCCCAAAUUCUCCAGGGCAGGUCACAAGGACAGGUCAGGACACUGGUUUUCAGCCACUAAUUCCAUCAUUGGAAAGGGAAUAAUGUUUGCUGUCAAGGAAGGCAGAAUAACAACAGGUGUAACUUCCCUUGCAAGUGAAGAUAGUCGGAAAAUAGCAUCCAUUCUUAACAACGCCUACUACUUGGACAAAAUGCAUUACACUAUUAAUGGGAAAGAUUCACACUAUUUAGUGAAAAUUGGUUCAUCAGAUGGAGACCUGGCAACUUUGGGCAUGACAAGUGGUCGAAAGGUCCUAGAGAAUGGAAUUAACAUCACAGUUUCGCAGCCGACAAUUCUACUUAAUGGAAGGACUCGAAGGUUCACAAAUAUUGAACUACAGUACAGUGCCCUGUUGCUAAAUAUUCGCUAUGGAAUUACACCAGACACAUUGGAAGAGGAAAGAGCAAGGUUGUUGGACCAGGCCAGGCUAAGAGCUCUGGUGAAUGCCUGGACUAAAGAACAGCAGAAGGCAAGGGAUGGCAAGGAAGGAAACCGGCUGUGGACUGAAGGCGAGAAACAACAAUUGCUGAACUCUGGAAGAGUUCAAGGAUACGAUGGGUACUAUGUGUUGCCUGUGGAACAGUACCCAGAGCUGGCUGACAGCCCCACCAAUAUUCAGUUCCUGAGACAGAAUGAGAUGGGAAAGAGGUAACAAACCGAACUGCUGUCAUCUCUGGCAAGAGCUGGAAGGGUGAUCACAAUCACUAUCUCCUCUCCUAAGGAGAUGGAUACUCUAAAGGGGACUGAAAGUAAGUGACUUUGGGAACUGAAGAAAAGAUUCAAAUUCAUAUUAAGUGAGUUUUCAUCUUGUUCUUCAGCAUGUGAGGACUCUCUGGAGUGGACUGGGACCCAAAGAGAAAACUAUUUACUUGACAAGUACCCCUUUUUAUAGGAUAGCUCAGGUCCUCUGGGCUUAUAUUGAAAAAAGACAAAUCUCUCUUCUUGACUCAGUAAACUUACUGCCUCAUGGGUGUCUCGGUUAAAAGACUUGAGUCCAAAAUGCCCAUCUUGAAUGAAACAGGAACUUCAUAAUUGCAAACUUUUGUAAUAUAUGGCCUGAAGGAAAGCUUGUUUGAAUAUACCAGAAAUGUACUGAUCUGUCAAAGCCUGGGCCAGACUUCUUACACUGAUGUAUUGUUUUGUUUAUUGCCAUAGCAACUGUAGUGGACACAGUAAGCCUUGGAGGUUAUAGUUACUGCAUUCCUACUUGGGAGGGGGUGGGGUGGGCCAUAAUGUUUCUGAGGGCGUGACGUAAUUAAUAAACAAAAUAUGUUAUUGUCAUACACACCGUCGUACUCUUUUUAAAAGAAAUUUAAAUAAAACUACGUUGUGGACAGAUUGACGUUUGCAGGGUGUAGUCUGCAUAGUUUCUUAAAAGUAGUCGUCAGUAAUGGUUUAUGGUAGAGUUGUGGCCAAUGUUUCACUGCUACAAAUGGCACUGCUUUUCACUGACCCUGUUCACUGAGGCACGGGAGAGGGAAGGGGAAGGGAGCAGGAAGCACAAUUGCUGCUAACAAAGUUAAAUGAUCGAUGAUGGUACCCUGCUUUACUUGCCUCUCAAAUUACGACAAUCACGCUGCAGUCACCAGAAGGCAAAUUGAGAACUUUAUUA